UGGCCGUGCGUCGGUCGGGGUGGGUCUCGGAGGAAUGAGUGAGUGUGUGUCAGGGACUCGCUGUGACAAGAGGGGACGCCGGCAGCGUGUGUGAGGAGGCCCGGCUCGCUGACCGACGCUUGGCGCCAGCCGGGGCCGUCGGCACGCGCGCCCGUGUGCGCGUGCGUGUGCGCGUGGGGACGCGGCGCGCGCCGCGGCGGAGGGAGGCAGGCGGCGGCAGGCCCAGCCCCCCCCCCCCCCCCCCCCGGUCGCAGCGCCCGGGGCGGCUCCUCUGCGAGCCUGGGACCUCCGCGCUCCCGCCGCCGCCGCCGCCGCCACCACCACCACCACCACCAGCACCGCCGCCGCCGCCACGCGCGCUGGCGUGACUCCCGGCCCGCGCCCUCCCACGUCUGCAGCCGGCUCGGCUUCCUGCCCGCCCAGACGCCGCUUCUCCCGGGCUCCCGGCCUCGGCUCGGCGGAGGGAGCGGAAAUGAGUGCGGCGUCGGCGUCGGCGCCUGAGCGGGGCUGGAAGAGCGAGAAAGUGGACGAGGCUCAGGCCCUGGCGCGGAGUUGCGCUGCCCGCAGACCCGACUUCCAGCCGUGCGACGGGCUUUCCAUCUGUGCCACGCACAGCCACGGCAAGUGCUUCAAGCUGCACUGGUGCUGUCACCUAGGAUGGUGUCACUGCAAAUACGUGUAUCAGCCCAUGACCCCUGUGGAGCAGCUUCCGAGCACGGAGAUUCCUGCGAAGCCUCGGGAACCCACAAACACCAUUCAGAUCUCGGUGUCACUCACUGAACACUUUCUGAAAUUUGCAUCCGUCUUCCAGCCACCCCUCCCCCCUGAUUCACCAAGGUACUGUAUGAUCUCAGACCUCUUUAUCGACAACUAUCAGGUUAAAUGCAUCAAUGGGAAGAUGUGUUAUGUGCAGAAGCAGCCAGCGCCGCAUUCCCACAAAAUGAGUCCCGAGGAGGUCUCUGCACACGAUGCCUUAAUUUCAAGAGAGAGCAGUACCCCUAAAAUAGAUCACUGCUCUUCUCCCUCAAGUUCUGAGGACUCUGGGAUCAAUGCGAUCGGGGCUCACUACGUGGAAUCGUGUGAUGAGGACACGGAGGAAGGAGCGGAACUGAGUUCCGAGGAAGAUUACAGUCCCGAGAGCAGCUGGGAGCCAGAUGAGUGCACCCUUCUCUCCCCUUCACAGUCGGAUCUGGAAGUGAUUGAGACAAUAGAAACCACCGUGUGAGAGCCCAGGCAGGAGCCACGGCCUCUGAUCGUGCUGAGCGUCUGCAGUUCCGUCCGAUGGAUCCUUUCUCCACUGCAGCUGGUGUUUCCUGCCCCUCUCUAACAGCCGUAGCAGUUCACUGGUCUGCUGAUUAGCAUCACUCUUACAUUAGUCUGAUAACUAAGACAUUCCUUUUCUUAUAAAUGGUUUUCUUUUGUAUCUAGACUUAUUUUCUAUGUAGCAUCUGGUGUCAUGAAUCGUGACCCAGCCUUAAUUUCACUGGGAACUUUGAAAGCGAUGCAGUGAUGGUCACAGAGGGUCAUGGAUCAGGUUGAGGAGCCACCCCGAGUGAAGGAGGCAGUGAAGGGGCGGGUUCUUCACACACAUCCCCCACGCCCCUCUUGGCAUUCCUUCCGGUGUGCCCAUAGGCACCCCCACCUGCUGGUCUCAAAUGGGAGUCAGCUCCUGAGAGGGGAGCAGAGUGUGCACUGGCAGAUGCCAUUCUGUCCCUUUGCCCUUCUCCCACCACCUGCACGGGCCUGGGCCUGUGUUGCCUCUGCUUACCGCUGCAGGUUCCUGGAGACCCUCGCUCAACCCCAGUUGUGGCUGGUGUUCGCAAUACCACGUGUGACCUGGGCUGAAGCCAGACCUUCACUGACAAGAGCUGACACCUUCAGUUCCACAUUCAGUCCGGCUUUAGCUGAGCGCCCGCACUCUGACGGGUGCGGCGUGGGGAUGCGGCAUGGGGAUGCAGCCUGAACGAGACCUGACUCCUGACAGGGAGGGGUCCCCAGUCCAGUAGAGCACUGUGCCAACGCAUGCGGGUCACGGUGCCCAGAGCGCUCUGGGAACCCAGGGGUAGGAGGGAGGUGCUAGGCUUGCAGCUGGGGAACGUGUUGCAGUAUUCGAGCUGGCCCCUUGGGUGGGUUCCUCAACGUUUCCCUGUUUUUUUUAAUUGUUCUUCAAAUCCGGGGAAAACUUUUAGGAAGUUAUAUAGGUAUUAUACUUAGGAGGCAGCCACAUCUGACGUCUUAAGAAAAAACAAAUCAGUAAUAGUUUUAGUUAGCAUGGAAAUGCUAAAGACAGCAGUCCUUUAGGGAUUAGGAAUGAAUCUAAUAGGUUUGAUUAAUUCUGCUUCAUUUGGUUGUAUGAAGCAUUAGAAUGGUUUAGGUGAGAAAUGGAUUAGAAUUCAGUAUGAUGCAUGGAUUUUUUUAUGCAAAUGCAAAAGCAGUUGAAAUAGUUUGCUGCUAAGUCAGGAGAAAAUAUUUUGUGUGAUAUUCAUUCACUUUACUGUAGUAAUAGUCAUAGUCUGUUGUACAUGUUCUCUUUUCUCAUACACACAAAAUAGUAAAUAAUUCUUUCUUAUUUAGCUUUCUUCAGAAUUCUCCUAAUUUCCAUUUAUACAAGGUGUUUUUGUGUGAGCUGCUUAUCUGCCAUUUCUUCAGAUCUGCUUUCUGUAAAGCAUGGUUAAGAAUCCAGGAAGUUUAAAAUAUGGCCCUAAUGAAAUCGGAACUAUCCUUGGUGGAGAGACAGAAGUCCUUCUCCUAUCCUAACCGUGAGCAUGCUCUUGGAGCAUUAUCUUGUGCUCUGUUCGCAUUUUGGCACAUCUCUUCUGUGUCACAUGAGUGUGUAUUUUAAGAAAUAAGAAGAGGCCCGUUGUGUUCUCUGAAGGCUUCAUUUGGCAUCCUUCACAAAUCACUCUAGGCAGAGUCUGCUUUCUUAGCUGUAUAUGUCGUUCACGUGACUAGCUAGAACACUUCAUUAAGCUUAGGUGCUCAGAACGUCCCUAUGGAUUAGAAAGCAGAGCACGCGUAUUCCUUUGAAAACAGUGUUAGUUGAAAAUUCCUGUGCUAGGAAUGCAACAUGCAGUUCCCACUUACUGAAAUGUAGAGACUCAACAAGACAGACCAGGAAGGUGGUGAGAGGAGCUGCAGGAACAGCAGGUACAGGAGAGGGCAGGUAGAGGCGGGCGUGGAGAGCAGCUUCCCCAGCCCAGAUGGCUUAGGGACAGACCUCGGGGGAGUCUGCCUGUGGUUCUCAGGGCCGCCCCUGGUGGAGUCGUCUGCUGGAGGAGGGCAUGGAGACCCAGUCCUGGGAGGCUAGCGGUGUGGCCGCCACUGUGUGUGCCUGCCCCGUGGGUGAACUCACUGGAGCCCCCCAUGUGGGCACAUGCAGGGUCUUCUUUCUCAACACCGCUCCUCUCAGUUCUCAAUUUUGGGCCCACAUUCCUGUUCAUUAAACUGAUUGCAGUCAACCACCAGGUCGCCAAAGCAUGGAAAUAUGUGGUCACAGGGCCACAUUUCUGAAGCUGGCUGGGGCAGGGUUGGGGCCUUUAUGGGUAAUAUCUACAACUUUUGCCUAGGUUCCUGUUUUUUAAACUCCUGAACUGCCAUUCAGAUUACCCACGAUUUUAAUGGAAUUUUUGGAUUUAAUAAUGGUUGAUAAUCACUUUAAAUAUUUGCACAAUCUCUUUAUAAUUAAAAACUCACAAAGCUUCACUUGCUACUAUUUUAUAGAAUUGGAGAUAUUCCAUUGGAUUCUAAAUAUCAGAUGCUCCUGGAUCUCAAAAUAGCCUUUUCUACACAAGCACAAGCAAGAAUUUCUGUGUCCUAGCACUGUUAAUAGUUCUCUGAAAAUCAUAUAUGAUUGAACCAGAAUUGUUUCUUUAUGCUUGCAUUCCAAAAACAACUGAUAAGGGUAUAAAAAUGUGUAUUUACAACUAAAUUCUAGGCCUAUCUGUUAUAUAUUAUAUGAAAGAAUUUCUCUGUAAACCUAAUAUUAUAUUGUUCAUUUGUAUAAGCAUAUUUAUAGGCACUUUAGAAAAUGUUUAGACUGUAAUGUGUAUCAUAGACAUCAGACACAGUCAUGUUAAAUAGUCUUUUGGUUUGAUACUUAUACAUGGACAGGUAUGAAAACUUUUUAAUGUGAACCUGGUAGUUUGCUCACUUGGAACAAAAGGUUGGGCUGUGUGGAUGGAGAAGCUGCUUUUGGGGUCCUUGAUGGAAGCCCAGCUCCAUUCCCACUUACUGCAAGUUGGUGUAAAAGCUGUUAGGUCGAAGAUGCAUGGUAAGUGCAGUAUGGAAUUGAGCUUUCUUACUGAACCAACAUUUAUUUUAGAAUUUUCAAGGUUCAGAUAUGCUCAUAACUCUUCUGAGCCAUGACAAACCAAUUCAAUUGCUUUUGCGGCUAUAACUCUUUGGCCCAUUAACAAAUAAGUCUUUACUGUCAAAUCUAGGUAUUUUUUUACCUUGUAAUUUCUAAGAUUUGAAGUAAGAAUGUGAGAAAACCCUGGAUAAAAACCAGUUCCUUUCCUGGAAAAGCAAAAUGUGUACUUCAAGGUAAUAUAAUACAAAACCAAACCAAACCAAAUAAAACCACCCAAACCCAAACAAAACCAUGAAGUGGUAGUCCUGAGGUACCUUUUGGGUUUGAUCUAGGGUUUGGUCCCAUUUUAGGGGUGGUGGUUUUAGUUUUUAAUCUCCACUUCCUGGCCUAUUUGAAACUGUUUUAUUGGAACUAAUUAUAACAAACUCCUUUUAUACAAAUUUCUCUAUUUGGGUAACAGGACACCACCUAUUUUAGAAAGCUGUCAAAAUACCCAGACAUGUUUGGCAGUAUAAAUACUACAAGGCAAAGGGGAAAAAAGCACAAGUUAAUCUAAUAUUUAUAUGUCAGCUCUUGAUUUUUCCAUCUUGUUUGCAAAGUUGUAUUGACAUGUUUUGGCUUUUCACAUGAGAGAAACAUUUUAACAGUUUUUCUUUCCUAUUCCCCUCCCCACUGGAGGUGGGAACCAGCACUGAGGAAGCCAGUUGCAUUCUAGGCUUUUCCAGUGAACAGCAUAGGCUUGUAUCUCCUCUCAUUGAAGAGGAGAGGGGAAGGAGGUGGGAGUUGUACUUGCCGACUCCUGCCAGAAAUUCCUGGGGUGUCUGUGUUUCUCACCUCCAAACACAAGUAUAAGGGCACUUCUCAGAAUUAAUUUUGGAAUUCUUUACUUUUUAAAAAUGUUCUGUCUCUGCUCCCAUUCAUUACUCUGGGGGAUGGAGAGUUGACCGUACUGCGUGCGUACUGCCGUGUUUCUGUUAGUGCUUGGAGUUCUUCUCUUGGGACUGAAGCCGUGCUCUCUUACUCGAGCUCUCUUAUUAGUGUGAACAAGUCUGAAAGCACAUCACCACUGGAGGCUUUAAUAUUGAGCUUCUGUAUCAUUGUAUCCAUAUACCCUUUUGAAGGCUGUCCAUACCUUGCAAAAUUCACUUACUGUGCUACUUUUUGCACCUGUUUUAAAGUUUUAAGCACAAUGUUGACCACUCUGUAAUUUCCUAAAAUUAUAUUGUUUCCCACAGACAGCUCAACUUUCCUUUAUGUAUAAUACUUUAGGAAAAUACUUACUUGUAAAAUAAAUGUAAUUUUUUUCUUUUGUACCA